AACCCACCGAGCGCAAGUAAUACGAGCCCUGAAAUGUCGGAGCCAAGUGUCAGCAAUGAAAACAACGUGAUUGACAUUUCGACGCCCCAGGAAAAUCCUAGCAUUAAUGACGAAGUUUCUAUCGAAUCGGUCAACAGCCCACCUGAGUUCCUACAAAAUAAUCUUGAACAAAACGCAAGCCAAAGCGCGUCCCAACCAGAAGUUAGUAAUGAAGCAGGACCUGCUUAUAAUUCAACCCCAUGUGGUUUCCGAAUGGAAAAACCAAAAUUGCCCAAAUUUUGUGGUGACGUGCGGGAAUAUGCAAUUUUUCGCGCAGAUUUCAAACACGCGAUCGAAUCAAGAUAUUCGAAAAGAGACGCGAUAACAUUGCUACGUACUUGUCUGAAAGAAAAGCCGCUUGAGCUAAUAAAGGGAAUUGGUUCCGACUAUGACGCGGCAUGGGAAUAUUUAGAUUCAAUAUACGGGGACCCGCGGUUUGUUUCUGACACCAUUACUCAGGACAUAGCAAAAUUUAAACCGUUAGAAGAAGGCGAAGAUGUGCGUUUUUGCGACCUUGUUCAUUUGGUGAGACGUAGCUAUAACACGCUAAAGGAGGUUGGCGUUCCGAGCGACAUGGACAACAGCCACAUGCUAUCAAUAGUUGAACAAAAGAUGUGCCCAGAUGAUCGAAAAGUUUGGUCAAGAGAUUUAGAAAGAGAGCGAAAACCAGCAACACUGAAUGCUUUGAUGACGUGGAUGACGAGCGAGAUGAAGUCGCGCAUGCGUGCGACAGCUCCAGUUAGAAGUGGUUUAACAAAUCGACGCAAAAUCAAUCACUUGCACGGCGAAAUCGAAGGCGGGAAUAAGAGCAGAAACAAGUGUUGGCUUUGCAACAACUCAAGUCAUUGGCCAGACCAGUGUCAGAAGCUUGCAGCAAUGAGUGUUGAAGAGCGACUCGUAGCGGCGAAAGAGAAUCACGUUUGUUUCAGCUGCUUAAAGAAAGCGGGUCGAGAUCAUCGUCAAGCAAACUGCAGUCGGCGAAAGCAAUGCAACAAAGUUGAGAACGGAAGCCAGUGUACCUUCAGCCACCAUCCUUUGCUACAUAAAUCGAGCGCAGUGGGUGUCACUUUAGCAUCUGUUACCAGCCAGAAAGAUUCUAUGUUGCCAGUGAUUGCUGCCAACAUCUGCGGUCCAAACGGGUUGUACAAGCGUGGGAACGUCCUUCUGGAUUCAGGAGCGCAGAUAAGUUUAAUACGGAGCGAAACAGCAGACAGCCUCGGACUGAAAGGGAGAGACAUCUCAGUGAACAUAAUCAAAGUAGGUGGAGAAGAGGAAUCAAUUCAUACGAAAAUUUACAAAGUACCAAUAAGCGGAAUCGGUGACCCAAAGAAACAUUCUGUGAGAGCAAUUGGUAUUCCAUGUAUUAGCGAGGAAGUUAAAAGUGUUCAAACCGGAACUAUCAUUGAGAAACUUGGCCUACCAAAAGACCAAGUAGUUAGACGAGGCAAAGGACAUGUCGAUCUGCUCAUCGGGAUUGACCAUGCACACAUGCAUACCGGUCAAACAAAGCAAGCCGACCACCUAGUCGCCAGAAGAUCCCCAUUGGGAUGGGUCAUAUUUGGUUCGACAACGGGAGAAUUAAGCAACACAAUCACCACUGUCCUACACGUAAAAUAUACAGCACCGGUUGAUCUGUCGGACUUUUGGAAGACCGAAACCAUGGGUGUGGAAGUUAAGCCUUGCACUUGUGACGCAGAUAAGCUGAGCCAAAUGGAAAGAGAAGAAAAGCGAGUGAUAGAAGAGUCUACUCAAAAGAUUGGAAAUCAGUGGAUGAUUCCAUAUCCAUGGAAGAAAGACCCUCGGGACUUGCCAGACAAUAAGAAUCAAGCCAUGAAACGCCUGGAGUCAACGGAACGUCGGUUAUUAAAGAAUCCUGAGCAAGCUGCUCCGUAUUACAAAGGACCAAUCCACUACAUCUCACACCAUGCCGUAUUAAGACCGGACAACACAAGCACCCCAGUCCGCAUCGUGUUUAAUUCAUCCUCUACGUACCAAGGACAUCGACUCAAUGACUAUUGGUAGAAGGGCCCAGAUCUUCUAAAUGGUCUAUUCGGAUUUGUUCUUCGGUUUAGAGAGAAUAAAGUUGCAAUCACUGCUGACAUAUCAAAGAUGUACCACAGAGUCCUCAUCCCCCUGGAAGACCAACAUGUACACCGAUUCCUUUGGAGGGAUUAAGAGAUCAAUCGACCACCGGACACUUAUGUCAUGAAUGUACUCACGUUUGGUGACAAGCCCGCACCAGCGAUGGCGCAAGUUGCGUUACGAAAAACGGCGGAAGAAGGAGAAUCGGAGAGUCCGAGAGCAGCACAAGUUAUAAGGGACAAUUCAUACAUGGAUGACAUCCUUGAUUCAGUUUCCACGAACCAAGAAGCCAGAGAGUUAACAACUGCGAUUGAUUGCAUCCUCGAGAAAGGCGGAUUCCAGGUAAAGGGAUGGCAGUCCAACGAAGAGCUGAACCAAACUAGCAACCAGAAAGAUGAAGAGAUAAACGUUCCUCAAAGUAAACAAGACGCAAAAGUGCUCGGCGUAGUUUGGAAUAAUAAAGAUGAUGUGCUCAAGUACAAAGUGAAAGUCGAUGUGACCAUAACCCAAAAUCCAAAGCUCACCAAGAGAAGUAUCCUUAGCCAAGUCGCCCGAAUAUAUGACCCGAUAGGCUUCGCAGCACCGUAUCUGGUAAGGGCAAAGAUUGGUUUGCAAGAGUUAUGGCAGGAGGGACUUGACUGGGAUGAUGAACUGUCACCGAAUGCUCAAAGAAAGUGGCUAUCAUACAUGGAAGAAAUGGAGCAGCUGAACAACAUAUCGUUAGAAAGAUGCAUAUGUCCAAUCGUCACCCGUGAACCACCAACCUUGUGCGUUUUUGCUGACGCUUCGAGCGGAGCCUUUGGGGCAUGUGCGUAUCUCAGAAGCGAAGACCCCACUGGAUCAGUUCAUGUUAGAUUCGUUGCAGCUAAAUCACGAGUAGCCCCAUUGAAGGAACUGACUAUUCCGCGGCUAGAACUUCAGGCAGCGGUGUUAGCCAGUAGGUUGUGCAAAACCAUACAGAAAGAAGUUCGCAUCCCGCUUCAAGAAAGUAUAUUGUUCACCGACAGUACGAUUACCUUAGCGUGGAUCCGUAGUAAAGGAAAAAGGCUCAAACCAUUUGUUUCAAGUCGUGUCGGGGAAAUACAGACCAACGUCCAACCUGCCCAAUGGAGACACAUCCCUACCGAGCAUAAUGUUGCAGACGAUGUAUCACGAGGUUUAUCGGUUUCUGAAUUAUCAGGGAGGUGGAAGAACGGUCCAGCGUUCCUGCACCUACCGAAAGAAGAAUGGCCAAUAGAGAGCGCGAACGUUGACCAGGACGAAGUCGAAUGAGAAUGCAAGAAAACACAAGCAAUAGGAACUGUGACAUCAAAAGAAACAGCUAAGACGGGCGUGAUCGAUUGCGAAAGGUUCUCUCGUUGGGGAAGACUCGUUAGAGUUACAGCGUGGGUACUAAGGAUGAAAAAGAACUUACUUGCUAAGAUAAAGCCAUCCAACGACAUUGCAGUAGGAGAAGAAUCACUGACACCGGAAGAGCUUGAAAAGAGUCGAAUCUUUUGGAUAAAAGAAGCCCAAAAGGGUCUUCAAGUUAGAAUGAAAGCCAAUGAACUGAAGACGCUAAGCCCGUUCGAAGAUAAAGAAGGUAUAAUCCGUGUUGGUGGAACAAUCGAUAAUGCGUUAGUCUCGUACGAAACACGGCAUCCAGCUCUCCUACCCUAUGGUCACCGCAUUUCCAGAUUGAUUACAGAAGAAGUUCAUCAACAAGGUCACACUGGCGUUGCAACCACAGCAGCAAAGAUCCGAAGAAUGUACUGGAUCGUGCGGGUACAUGACCUAGCCAAGAUCAUAAAAUCAAAGUGUGUAACAUGUCGAGGAGCGAAUCCAAAAAUCGAAACGCAGAUAAUGGCAAACCUCCCAAAUUGCCGACUGACCCCCCAUUCCCCUCCAUUCCACUACACGUCAUGUGACUACUUUGGACCAAUAACAGUCAAAGUAGGACGGAACAAGACAACGAAACAUUACGGGGUAAUUUUCACGUGCCUAAAUACCAGAGCUGUUCAUCUGGAAGUUGCCACUGAUUGCUCUGCGAUGGAGUUUAUCCAGACACUGCGAAGGUUCUUUGCCAUACGUGGAUAUCCAGCCGAGAUUUUGAGCGACAAUGGUACUCAGUUUGUGGGUGCAUUAACCGACCUUCGCCAAAUGAUCCAAGGAGUUGACAAGAAGGUACUGAAGUACAGUGGAAGUUUAUAACCCCAGCAGCACCACAUCAGAACGGAUGUGCAGAGGCAUUAGUGAAAAGCUGCAAAUUAGCCCUAAAGAAAGCAGUUGGUGAGCACGUACUGACUCCUUUCGAACUGUAUACUUGCUUGCUAGAGGUGGCAAACCUUGUCAACCAAAGACCAAUCGGAAGGCCACCGAAUGAUCCAGACGAUGGUUCCUAUCUGUGUCCGAAUGAUAUGCUAUUGGGCAGAGCAUCUCCACAAGUACCACAAGGCCCAUUUCAGGAAACGAAAAAUCCAAGAAAAAGAGUCGAGUUUAUCCAAAAAAUCGUUGAGUCAUUCUGGAGACGAUGGACAAGGGACGUAUUCCCGUUACUCGUGCCAAGUAGAAAAUGGAACACAGAGAGACGAAAUGUACAGGUUGAUGAUGUAGUAAUAGUAGCGGACGGUAAUGCAGUACGAGGAAAGUGGAAUGUCGGACGCGUAGUUGAAGUGUAUCCAGGACAAGACAGUAAGGUGAGAAACAACAAGGUAAAAACGGCGUCAGGAGAGUACUCGAGGCCCGUGACCAAGAUCGCAGUGAUUCAACCAGUAGAAGACGCAGAAGAAAAGAAUUGAUAAGAACAUAGUCCUUAUGGGGGCGGAGGAUGUGUCGCUGACAGAACUUUAUAUAUUUUACGGGAUAAUUAUUAACUAAUUAUAGUAAUGCAUGACUAAUGAGAUUAACCUGAUUGACACGUAAUUUGACGCACAUUUAUAUUCAGAUAGAUUGAGACAGAGACUUAUACUGUUAAACGAAGGAGAUAUGCUAACCUGUGUUGAAGCUAACCUGUAUUUGUAUGUGUAUUUGUAUAUUCAGUAUCAGUAAGACUAGAUUGCGAAGACCUGGCAAAGAAGUAAGUCUCAUUUAUUGAAAUUAUGCGGUAUAUAACUCGAAGAGAGCGCACAGGUAUAUAUCACGCACUAUUUGUUAUUCUAUACUUACAAUUGUUAUUCCUUAUAAUUACUUACUAGAUCGAAUAAAAACCUAUCAAUAUUCAUUGAUUUAUACGGUUCCGUGUCUCGCGAUCUAACCGGGAAGUUUAUUUACCCUGAAUAAUCCAACCUCGAACAUCGGUUUCUCAAACAUCCCUCGGGAGCGUUGCCCUUUGGGUCACGCCCCUCGUGUUGUUUCUCGCUAAGAAACCUAGUUCUCGGUAGGUAAUUAACUCUUACAUAAAAAGAAUAAUGGCCCUAAAAUAGAACCUUGUGGCACACCACACUUAAUCAACCGCUCCGAUGAAAUAGUUCCAUUAACUUGGCGUUUCUGAGUGCGAUUUAUCAAGUACGAUUUUAGUAGAGCCAAAGCAUCUCCUUUUACGCCAUAAAUUUCGAGUUUUUUAGUAAAACCUGGUGGUCGACAGUAUCAAAUGCCUUUUUUAAGUCAAUUAGUACAACUAAGUUAAAUAAUCUUUUGUUAAUAUUCAUAUACCAACUAUUAGUACAGUCUAGUGACGCUGUAGCAGUUGAGUGAGAUUUGCGAAAGCCAAAUUGACAAUCAUUAUGUAUGAUUAUUUCGUCAAAUAAUCAUAUAGUUGGUCAUAUAAAAUUCUUUCCAUAACUUUGCAAACAGCUGGCAAAACAGAAAUUAGUCUGUAGUUACCAGGCAACUUUUUUUGGCCAUUUUUAUAAAGAGGUGUAUUCUUGCCAUUUUUCAGUCAUCGGGAAAAGUGCAUAGUGUAAUAGCCUGAUUAAAAAUAUAAGUUAAAGAACUGGAGAUAGCAGGUGCUGCUAGUUUUAAAAUUUUACUUGAAAUUUUGUCAAUGCCAGUGGCUUUUGCACUAGAGAGGCCACGUAGGAGAUAAUAAACUUUGUUGGUGGUACUUGACUCAAAUGCAGUGAAUUCUGAUUUAGGUUUCUUAAUAUACUCUUGAAAAUUGUAAUUCGAAGUAUCAAUUUUGCUAGCUAAGUCAGGCCUAAUAUUUGAAAAGAAUUCGUUAAAGCCCUCUGCAAUGUCUUCUGAAUUUGUUAAAUUAUUUCCACUUAUACUUAAAUCAUUUACUUCUGUUGGUUUGUUCUGUCUGCCUAGUAAGUUGUUUAUUGUUUUCCAAGCCUCCUUUGGAUUUUGUUUUUGACCAUAUUGCAAGACUGUCCUUUGCAAGACUGUCCUUUAAGGCUCGAUUUUUACCCUUGAAAGCUUUGACAUGGAAUAAGAAAUGAAUAGAAGGGCAACUCGCGUCGAAACGUUUGUAGUUUUUGAAGCCGCGCAUGUCGCCUUGCGCAUACCGGAAAUUGCCCGCUCUAAUUACUCGCAGCCAGUAAAGCCAGUUAAUUUAUUAGACAUUUGUAUUGCAGAAUGGCCAUUUGGCUGAAUAAAUCGGCUAUUUUUCGCAAACGAACGAUUCAAAUUACAAACCACGGCUCCUGGUUGUAAUUUGAAGGUUAGUGAAUACAUUUCUGUUGGUUAUGAGCUGUAAAAGAAUUGCUAAAUGCGAAAUUUAAACGUAUUAAUACAUGUUGUUUACUUACAAAGUACAAAGUAUAAAGUACAAUAUAUUAACAUAUGUCUAGUUUGGUUUAUUUAUUGGAAAAAUUCGAUGUCUUCGAAGUAAUAUUGUAGUAAUAGGAAUGAAUGUUAAUUCAUAAUCAUGAUAUUUUAAUUACAUAAAUAAAUAUCAUUUUCUGAUAUUGUUUGUAUUUGUAGUUCAACAUGUCAGACACAGACAGACAACUUCCCGCACGAAAUAAAUUUGAUUAAUUGCUUGUGACUUUGGAAUUUAUACUUUUUUAAAUAAAAUUUGAUGCAAUCCAAAACCUGUACUGAUAAGAUUUGACAUAAACCUCGAAAAUCGAAAUAAAUAACACAGUAUACGCGAUCGACUGUCAGCAUUUCAUUCAGAUUCAGACUGUAGCUCACACAACAAUAUCAAAUUUCUCCCUAAAUAUUCGUUUUUUUCUAUGCUAACCACAAUAAUAAUUUAAGCUUACAUUGCCUCUGCAGGCAGUUGUAGUAGUUUGAUAUUCCAAUCCUUUGUUUCCGAAAAAUAGUCGAUUUUGUGAUCAAAAUGUACAUUUCGUAAUACAAAUCCAUAUUGCACUGACUGGCUUUUACUGGCUGCGAGCUUGAGAAUUCCGCGCUUGCGGACUGAAAAUUGGUUACGCUUUGUACACGCGAGUUGCCUUUUAUUCAUUUCUUAUUCUAUGCUGCCGCCGCGUCGUAGAAUCUUAAGGUCGCUAUUUUUACAGUAAAGGUCAAAUUACAACUGUUACUCCGUAUUAUUCAAUGCCGAAUUCCCCCUAGACUGGGCCUAGUCAAUCGAGUAAAAUACUCCUUGUAUUCAAGCGCUUCCACGUAGAAAGUUUCGUCGGAAUACGGUGAGUAGAAUAUUUAUUUUGAUGUUUUCUAAAUAUCGGGUUUUUACUCGCAUUCGCAUGCUAAAAUUGAUAAAUAUUAAUUACCUGUAUUAAUAAGGAGUAACAGUUGUAAUUUGACCUUUAAAAAUAUUCCGCUGAGUACCCUACUACUGCAGAUUAAAAUACCGAAAUAAAAGAUGAAAAACUGAAGGUCUAGGCUUGAAAUAACACUCUAAACAGUGUUUUUGAUUGUGAUUCCAACAAGACUACAAUGAAAAAGAUAUUUUUCGAAGGGACUGAAGUUAUGUUCGGCAUAUGAGUCACGAUUUAGGAACAGUUACUAUUUUUAGAUUUUUAGGGUUAGGAUUAGGGUUUGGAUUUGGGAAAGGGUUAGGAUUAGGGUUAUGAUUAAGAUUAUGGUUAGGCUUGGAGUAAGGGUUAGGGUUAGGAUUGGGGUUAAGUUUAAAAUACAAAAGAAUACAAAAUUACAAAGUCUAAAAAUAGUAACUCUUCCUAAAACGUGACAGGUAGAGGUAUAAUGUUCGGCGAAAGAUACGGCUUGCAACAGCGUAGACCUAGGCCUUCUAUUUUUAUUUAUAUUUUUUUAAUAUUCAGCGCUUUUUCGCAUGAAAAGACUGGAACUAGGUGAUUUGGGGGCGGGGCGGAGGAAGGACACAAGCCUGACGCAAGCGAAAAAAUAGAAGGCCUAGUGGAUUUCCCAACAACAAGGCCAAAACUGCCCUGAAACUGCCCUGAUUGCGAAAUGCCCAAUUGUUGUGUUCUCAAACAGAAUUAUUUGCAACUUAACAGCGAAUUUAAACCGAUACAGGUAAAAUAAACUCAUUUAUAGUAUAAACUUACUAUUUUUAUUUGUAUACACGUCUAGAAAAUCGGGGUUUUUAUCAUAAAGUUUGAAGCAACACUAUUUAUAUAUGUUGACAAGGUGUAGCGAAACGGCACAAAAUAAUAAUUCUUUUAUUCGCUAGACAAUCUACUGUUUUGCUUUGAAUAACUAUAUUUGCGAAUUGGGUAUGAGGAUUUUGAAAUUAUUGUUCAAAUAUUACGGAUAUACCAUUUGUAAACAAUGUACGUUUUUAUAUACAGUACUGUACGGGCUAAUAAUAUAUGUAUCCGUUUUAUUUAAUAAAUUAUAAUUGUAUAUGUGUUUGUAUAUUUUACAAACACAAGACUGCUUCUUGCCAAAAUUGAGAAAAUAUAUAUUAAUGUAGUUGUGUAUAAGACAAAAUUUCAUGAAAGAUUCUACUUUUGGUAUAUAUUUUGACUCAUUUUGUGCUUUCGCUACACCUUGUCAACAUAUAAUUAAAUAAUAGUGUUGCUUCGAACUUUAUGAUAAAAACCCCGAUUUUCUAGACGUGUAUACAAAUAAAAAUAGUAAGUUUAUACUAUAAAUGAGUUUAUUUUACCUGUAUCGGUUUAAAUUCGCCGUUAAGUUGCAAAUAAUUCUGUUCGAGAACGCAAUAAUUGGGCAUUUCGCAACCAGGGCAGUUUCAGGGCAGUUUUGGCCUUGUUGUUGGGAAAUCCACUAGGCCUUCUAGGCUUGCUUCCUCCGCCCCGCCCCCAAAUCACCUAGUCCCAGUCUUUUCCUGUGAAAAAGCGCUAAAUAUUAAAAAAAUAUAAAUAAGACUAGAAGGCCUAGGUCUAGGCUGCUAUACAGUAUUUAUAUUUGUUCACUGUCGACCUUCAACUGUUUCCGCAAAGCCUUCUUUUUCUGUGUUUUUUUCACAUAACCUGUACUUGUUUACAAUAUCUCUUGCAAACGAGAAACCUCUCACAGUAGCAUAUAGUUUUACAAUGUUUUCAAAGAACAGCGAUUGACACUCUUUUGUUAUUUGGACGUCACACUGUUCAACUAUAUUGUUCCAUAACGACUUUGCGCGAGGAGAAGCUUGGACAUCCUCAACAACUUUGUCCACAGGCAAUGAUGAAG